AUGAUUGUUUAUUGUGUUGUCAGAUGGGUGUGGACUCAAGUGGAAACUCUGAGUCCCACCCACACGUCAAGUUAAAUACGCUCGGGGUUGAGACUGGCCAUUAAGGAAGGCUUUCUUCAGGAAGCGACCGUAAACGACCUAAAACAAUGAGCUACCCCGGAUACCCACCUCAGGCAGGUGCAUACCCUCCACAGCCUGGGGCUUACCCUUCACAACCAGGUGCCUACCCACCCCAGCCCGGAGCUUACCCUCCCCAAGCAGGAGGCUACCCGCCACAGGCUGGAGGCUACCCGCCGCAGGCUGGAGGCUACCCACCGCAGGCCGGAGGCUACCCGCCACAGGCCGGAGGCUACCCGCCGCAGGCUGGAGGCUACCCGCCGCAGGCUGGAGGCUACCCACCGCAGGCUGGGGGCUACCCACCUGCACCACCGCAAGGCAGCUGGGGAGGCGGCCCUGUUGGUGGAUAUCCAUCCAUAGGUCUUAACACUCCUGGAUACAAUCCUGGCAUGGCCAGCCAGAUCUCUGCAGGUAUGGCGGGUUUUACUUCAAACCCGUCCAUGUUCACCCAAGCCCCUGGGGGGUUCCCACCUGUCCCUCAACCCUCCGGGUACGGUGCCUCCUUCCCUAACCAACAGUCAUAUGGCCUGUACCCACAGCCAGGAGGGACCAUGCCCCAACACCAAGGCCCAGCUAUGGGAUACCCCGGUCAGCCUGGCCAGCCAAUGCCUGGUUACCCCCAGGCACCAUCACCCAACCAGCCCAUGCCAGGUUAUGGAGGAGCACCAGCACCUAUGCCAGCGUACCCAAAGGCCCCGUCGCCAAAUCCGUCCUAUGGAGGAGGAGGAGCCAUGCCAGUGGCUCCACAGAUCAACAGAGGAUUCAGGGGAACAAUCAAGGACUUUCCUGGAGCUGACCCACUGAAAGAUGUGGAAGUCCUGAGGAAGGCAAUGAAGGGUUUUGGAACUGAUGAGCAAGCCAUCAUCGAUUUGCUGGGGAGUCGCUCUACCAAGCAGCGUGUACCUUUGCUGCGGGCCUUUAAAACCUCCUAUGGAAAGGAUCUGAUUAAGGAUCUGCAUUCAGAACUGUCUGGGGACUUCAGGAAGUUGGUCAUGGCCAUGAUGAAGGCCCCAGCUGAGUUGGAUGCCUCUGAACUCCACAGCGCCAUAAAGGGAGCUGGAACUGAUGAGGCCUGUCUGAUAGAGAUCCUUUCUUCUCGCUCCAACGAAGAAAUCAGGGAGAUAAACCGAAUAUAUAAACAAGAAUACAAGAAAACACUGGAAAGUGCAAUUAGUGGAGACACCUCAGGCCACUUCCGCAGGCUCCUGAUCUCUCUCGCUCAGGGCAAUCGGGAUGAACGAGAAACUGUUGACAUCUCCCUGGCUAAACAAGAUGCCCAGGCCCUCUACGCCGCUGGGGAAAACAAACUGGGAACAGAUGAGUCUAAAUUCAACGCUAUUUUGUGUGCCAGGAGCAAACCCCAUCUUAGAGCAGUGUUUCUUGAGUACCAGAAGAUGUGCGGCAGAGAUAUCGAGAAGAGCAUCAGCAGGGAGAUGUCUGGUGACCUGGAGAGUGGCAUGUUGGCAGUGGUGAAGUGCAUUAAAAACACACCCGCCUACUUUGCUGAGAGACUUUACAAGUCCAUGAAGGGAGCUGGGACCAAAGACACCACUUUGAUCCGAAUCAUGGUCACCCGUUCAGAGGUUGACAUGCUGGACAUUCGCCAAGAGUAUGUCAGAAACUACGGCAAGUCGCUGUACACGCACAUCUCUGGAGACACAUCAGGAGACUACAAGAAACUCCUAUUGAAGCUCUGCGGGGGCAGUGACUGAAAAAGAAGAGUUGUAUAAAUAUCAUUUUUCUGCAUUAUCUGUAUGCACUAUAUACAAACUGCAAAUCUGCAUGCCAUAUCAAUGCUUUCAAUGCAAUGUUUACCAAGCUUUUGGAACCUCAUACAUAUUUUUGCUUUUCUAUAUACAGUUUGGGGGGAGGAAAAAAUUGUUAUACAUAUUUUUUCAUCUGUGUCAUCUUUGCUGGAUAUUUGUGUUGAACAUCCAGGGUCAUACAAUCCAUUUAACCAGUCAAAGUUCAAGAGCUAUAUAUUUUUAAAGAUUGUUUUUGUUUUUUUAAGUGUGCCAGUCUGAUCAGACAUUAAAUGGUAUCUGAUCGAGUUUAACAGCUCGUUUCCUAAUGUUCAUCAAAUACGAAUAUCGUAUGGGAUAUAGACUGUAUAGCAGCUACAAACCAAAGCAUUUGUAUUUUCUUCUACAUUUUGUCUACACUUAGGUGUUUGUUUAUCACAGUUGUCCUGUGUUUGCAGCAGAUACGUUUAUUAGUUUACUAUAUACUUGUUAUUUUAGCAUGUAAAACUCAGCAUUACAUUUCAUUAAAUGCACUCUUAUCUUUAUCGCAAAAGAAAUAAAAAAAGAGAAAUGUGGAGAAUGUA